AUGGCCGCGCAGUUCAUUGGCUACAAUGUACUGGUGAGCUUGCACACGCCCCCGGGCGCCAAGCUCCAAGGCCAGGUUGCUAAUGUGGUCGGUCAUAGUCUGAUGCUUCGAAAUGUGACUCUUUUAUGGACCGGCCAACGCGUUCCCGAGUAUGCUAUUGAUGCAAGCGCUAUAACCGAUCUGUCUCUGGAAUCGAAUGACACCGUCUCUCCCCAACCUCCACACGCACAAGAAAAUCGCCCUGGAGCUGCACCUGUCUCAUCUCAGCCGCCUGCUCAACAGCCGUUUGUGGAUCCUGCCAUCGUGAGCUACGCUAAGCCCGCCAUCCCACAAUCUCAAACCCAGCAAGCUGCCAAAGAAGCACCGGCAACCGUCGCAGCAUCGCUUUCCAAGCCAUUUUCUGAUUAUGCACUCAACGUGGGUAGUGGUGGCUUCCAGCGCCCCUCCCAAUCAGAAGAAGCUCACGUCGCACAAAGCAUGAUUUCCACCAAGCAGACGCCAAGGCGCAAAGAUCGCAGCAACAAUGACGGACCUACGAGAAAACACGGCGCCGCGGCAAGUACCAACCCGAAGAGCAAAGGCUGGCGGCAAACAGCAUUUGUCGAACCGGCCGUUCCGGCCACCCAAGAAUCACCUGAAGCCAAUAUCUCUCAACCUGGUGCGAAGAUUCGGAAGAAGAAGCCCGCGCGUCGUUCUUAUGCCGAAAACGCCAGUGGAUGGGCUACGGAGGACGCCACCGAUAUUCAAGAUCUGCCCGAAUUUGAUUUUCAAAGCAACCUGUCGAAAUUUGACAAGCGGAGUGUUUUCGAGCAGAUUCGAAACGAUGACACAACCGCCGACGAGGCCCGGCUGGUCAGUUUCAACCGGAAAGCAAAGCCAGGAACCAACGGCGGCAAGAAUCUUCACUGGACGGAAAAUGUUCUCGAUAGUCCCGAGAACAGCGACACCGGAGAUUAUGUUGAGCCUAUCAACGAUACUAGACAUGGCAGUGAAAACAUCACUGGACGCGAGUCAUCACGACCUUCCGGUCGCGGGCAAUCAUCUCGCAAGAGCAGCGCGAUUCUGGCACAGCCCAUGGUGCCACAGAUCAGCACUCUUAGCCAAGGUCAGCUAAGUCACUCCCGCACUUCCAGCCCUCGGCCAGGCCGGUCAUCUGUGUCGCCAAUGGUUGGCAGCACGUCUGGAGCCUCGCUACGACUCACUACAACCAACCGAAGCUGCCCGACCGUGAGCCCACUGCAGACGCUCGAAGUUGAGCAAAUUGCCGUGGCUGAGUUUGGCCUGACCGAGAAUAUCAUUACAGAGAAUGCUGGCCGAGGCAUUGCCGAAGCAGCAGUUGCCCUUCUAGCCAGUGAUGUCGCAGCGCCCACCAUCUUGAUACUCACAGGCAAUCACCGCACUGGGGCCAGGGCUAUCUCGGGAGCUCGUCAUUUGCGCAAUCGUGGCCACCGUGUAACUGUGUGUGUGCUCGGACUGGAACACGAGGCGGAGCUACUGGAGAACUGCCGCAAACAACUUGAGAUAUUUCGGAAAAUUGGGGGACGAGUCUCUAAAUGGGAGGAUCUUUCCACUCGACUUGCUUCAUCUGAGUUAUCCCCGGAUCUAGUGAUCGAUGCUCUGUUCGGGAUGCACCUGGCCUUUGAUGAUCUUCGAACUGACGACCAAGCCGUGGCUUUUGAAAUGAUAUCCUGGGUGAACCGAAGCAACGUGGAUGUACUGUCAGUUGACAUCCCCUCCGGCAUGUCUGCCUCUAAUGCAGGAGAAGUGACAAUGGUUGAAGGCAAUCGGCUGUGCAUCUCUGCAUCGUCAUUGGUGUGUCUCGGCGCGCCCAAGACUGGUGUUCUCAAUGCCCUGGCUUCCGGUAGCACUCUCGGCUGGAAUCUUCUUACCGUUGCCGACAUUGGCAUCCCGCAGAUCGUAUGGCGCAAGUACGGCACCCGACGUCGACACGGAAUCGACUUUGGCAAUCGCUGGGUGGUUCCACUGCAGUACCACCCCUCGACUCAGUAA